AUGUCCAAGAAGGCAGACAAGGGUCCAGAGCCAGCCUCAGUGUCUCGCGAUCCUAUUCCCGUGACUCUUUUGUCUGGAUUCUUGGGGAGUGGGAAGACGACGCUGCUCAGGCAUGUUCUGACAUCUGAUCAACACGCCCUACGCAUCGCUGUUAUCGUCAAUGACAUGGCUGCACUCAACAUCGACGCAUCCAUGAUCAAGCGUCAUGUUGUCUCGCAGACGCAGGAACGCCUGAUACAGAUGGAGAAUGGAUGUAUCUGCUGCACGCUCCGCGGCGAUCUCCUUGAAGAGCUCGCAAGACUCGCCCGGGCCGGGAUGUGCGAUUACAUACUGAUCGAGAGUACCGGGAUCAGCGAGCCUAUGCAAGUUGCCGAGACCUUUACCGAGGAGUUUGCUCAGGCCAUGAUUGAUGCCGCCAACGAGGGCUUGAUGCAGGACCAGCAGGACGACGAGAGGGUGUUGAAGGAGAUAGCCGAGCUUGGUGGUCUACAAAAGAUUGUCAAACUAGACACUUUGAUCACCGUGGUUGAUGCUUUCAACUUCUUCAACAACUUCUCGACGACUGAGUUCAUCACGGAUCGCUGGGGAAAGGAAGGCGUUGACCCUGAAGAUGAGCGUACCGUAACGGACUUGAUGGUGGACCAAAUCGAGUUCUCCAACACCAUCAUCAUCAACAAAGCCAAUAACGUCGACAAGGCCGCAAGAUCUCGCAUCCGAAGCAUUAUCCAACAGCUCAACCCUGCAGCCAAAGUCCUUGAGGCCAACUACGCCAAGGUCGACGUGCAGGAUAUCAUUGGCACCAAAAAAUUCUCCUUUGAGAAGGCCGCCACGAGUAUGGGUUGGCUCCAGAGCCUGCACGAGCUCACCAAACGGGAAAUCAAUGGUCAGAUCAAGAUCGGUCCCAAGCCAGAGACUGAAGAAUAUGGCAUCUCAAGCUUCGUGUACCGAGCCCGCCGACCGUUCAGCCCAAGACGCCUCUACAAAUUGAUCCACGAUAAGUUUGUCAUCAUGGAGGGUCAGAUACAAGACCAGGAAGAGGACGAUAACAAAGACGGCAUGGAAGUAGAUGGCGACGACGGCGACGACAGUGACGAUUCUCCUGGGAGCGGUGAGGACGAUUUCUCCCAGUCGGUCAAACCAGAGGUAGUCGCCCGGAACAAGAAGUCGAACCCUAUCUUCUCCUGCCUCUUGCGCUCAAAGGGCUUCUUCUGGCUUGCCACCCGCCCGAGCUUACACGGGGAAUGGAGCCAGGCAGGUACCAUGCUGACGUUGCAGGGUGGAGGUCCGUGGUUCUGUGUGAUCGACGAAGCUGAAUGGCCUCCCGACGGAGCCACACGCGCCAGUAUCGAGGCCGACUUCCAAGAACCGUGGGGCGACCGAAGGCAAGAAAUUGUCUUCAUCGGCGAGAAACUCGAUCACGCCGGUCUCAAGAGAGAGUUCGAUGGCUGUCUGCUCACAGACCGGGAAAUGAAGAAAUGGGAGAAGAUCAUGAAGUCAUCCAAGGACAUGGAAAUAGUGAAUGAUCGACUGGCGCAGGUGUUUGACGAUGGAUUCGAAGACUGGCCUGAACUUGUGCACGACGAGGACGACCAAGAAGGACAUGAACACGCGCAUCCGCAUCCACCUGGCAAGACGCACCGACAUUGA